AUGGAGGUAAAGGAUCACGUAUCAUUAAUAGAUUUAUCAACACAAUUACCAUUUGAAAUAGAUGCAUCUAUGAAAGAAGAAAUUUGUUUUGGAGAAACACUUAUUAUAAGUUGUGGUCAUUAUGAAGGUGAUCUUGAAGAAGAAGAAUCGGAAUCAGAAUGGUCGUGUGAGAGUUCUACUGAAGCAACGGUAUCAGAAGAAGCUAAAGGUGACCAAGCGUUUGAAAUAAAGGACUAUGUUCCGGAAACUGUUGUACAAGAAGAGGAAGAUGAAGAAGAUAACGAUUUUUAUUUUUACUUUUUUCCCGAUUGCAACAAACCUCCUCCGCCACAAAAUAGCAAAACAAGUAUUAUUGUUGUUGAUGGCAUGCCAAAAAUAAAUAUAGCUGCGAAGACACAAAUUUACUGUACAUGUAAAAAAGACAAAACUGGAGAGUGCCCAUGUUAUUUAAAAGUACCUUGCACUUGUGGAGCUAAGGCUAAGGCCACAUGCACGUGCUCGGAACUAAAAGAUAUAUGUGUUUGUGCUCCGGGGGAUCCUCAAAUUACAUGCACAUGUGAAAAUGCGGAAGUAUGUACUUGCGAUCCCACUGGUAAAAUAUUGCCUGUUUGCACCUGUGGUAAAAUUGAUAAACCUUGUAUAUGUCACCCUGAUAAAUAUCCUUGUCCUAUAUGCCAAUGUAAACAUAAGCCCCGAUUUUUACCCAUUACUAAACCCGAAUCUUCUGAACCGAUUCUACAAACUUUGGAAUCGUUAGAUGAAACUGUAUCAGAGGAAGGUGAACUUACCCACAUUAGCACUGAACUUGGGGAGACAAUUUCACAAGAACCUAGGAUUGAAUCUGUAAAAGAAGGUUUGAACGAGCCAAGCGUAAUCGAAGAAGAACCAUGCGUUUGCCAAAAACCAGAUCCUAAAAAAAUUUGCUAUUGCCUUAAAGGCAAAGAUUGUACGUGCUUAUCGUUAUGUACAUGUGGUGUACAACGCACUUGUGAAUGUGAACCAGAAGAGUGCGAAGAUAUCCCAUGCAGACAGGCUGAAAACAAAUCGAUUUGUAGUUGUGAUGCCCCCAAAGUAUGCAAAUGCUCACCGGAAACUACUGGUGGUGUUUGUAAAUGUUUUCCGGUGAAGAUUUGUACGUGUAAAAAUCCAGAAGAUUGUAAAUGCUUCACUACGUGUGAUUGUACAAAUCCGUGUAUAUGUGAUACUUCUCCAGUUAAACCAGAUGAAUGUGUUUGUUUAACGAAACCUGGAUUGUCAGAUUUAGUUUGCACAUGCCGAUGCACAGAUGACACGAGUAAAAAAAUUAAAAAGUUUCGUAAAGGGAAACAUGGCUAUAGAUGGUGCCAUGAAGUUGAUCCACGUCAUACAUUUUUCAAUUAUGCUUACGGAAGACACGAAAUGCCCAAGACUGAAGAGACAACACAAGAGCAGUUCAAAAUUAAAGGCUUAAAUGAUCAACCAGCUACUGACGAAUGUCCUAUCCAUGGUGCAAAACCUCCGAAAUUCGAGAAGAAACCAAGAAAACCAUCUUUAGAUUGUUGUAGUGCUGUUGGAGGCAUCAGCAUUUGUGUUGAGACUCUGGGCGAGGACAAAGAUAAACUUCUUGUGCAAAUGGUUUCAUAUUCGUCAAAGGAAGGUGCAAAAACAGGCUCCAAGCUUGUUAGUAUUCUAGACUGUAACUUACAUACAAUGGAAGAAAAUAGAGUCGAGCACGCCACAAAGAAAGACUUGACAAAAGAGCGAAGAAGUUACAUGGCUAUAUGUGAAAAUGGUUACUAUAACAAGGUGACACGUAUUUGUGGGGAAAGGCAUGUGGUGAAGAGAUUCUACCACAACUUUGAAAAAGCCCGCAACUUUAUACUUGAAGGUGCUAAUCUGGUGUUCUUACGCUACAUAGCCAUACGACGGUUCAAAGGCACCGUGAAGACUGAAACUGUAAUGAUGGAUGGAACCAUCUGUGAAAGUGUUUACGUUAGUCAUGGUGUCACUCAAGGGGUAGUAAACGCCACUCCAUUUUUCGUCGUGAAGAUUGAACGGCAUAUCAUCGAACCUUCAGGGUACGUCCAUCAGACAUUGACGGUGUUAACACUUAAAGGUUACACUGUUAGUCAUGAGUGGGCGGACAACUGCUACAUUUUCCAUAUUAACCCACUUCUGCACGUCAUCCCUGAAAGAGACGAAAUCGAAAAGACUGAGCCGCUACGAGAUUCUUGGCGAGAAGAUCUACAACUAAUGUCGGACUUUUUGGAAUUCAAGAACACCCGUGUGUCCGAAGGAGGACGGUACGUCACAGAGAGUGGAACCCUCACAGGAACUGUGCGAGACUACCUCCAAACCAUCCUCUUGCUACGUCCGCAAGACACUCUGCACUUCACCAGGCAUUACUUCGGCACCGUACUGUCUGCCCUCGACCUCCCGCAUGACGAAUUCUUCGACCCUGCGUCUAAACAUGUCCGAUACUAUUUCUUUGAAGAAUGA